CUAGAGCCGUAUGACUAUUCCUUAGUCUGAUAAACUUUAUCUGUCCAAAUGUUUCUCCAAAUCCUUUUCUGUUUACUGGUCGGCCAAAUCAUUUCCCAGCAACCUAAGCCUUGUACUUCCCCUUCCGUUUGGGAGUGUAAUGAAAUCAAAGUUGAUCCCUCUGAAAAUGUCACCAAAAGACGCCGUUUGUCAUACGAUUCCAGAAACAAACGAGAGAGAAGAGUGGAGACUAUUGAUAAAGCUAGCAAUAUUACUGCCUAUGAUGAACUGAUACUGUGGAAUCAGAAUAAAAUGUACAGGCUGGAUUUGAAAACCCGGAAAUGCAAUGUGACAGUCCCACAUCGAGGCUGGGUACCACGUGGUACACAUCCGGGAGAUACAUUUUUUAGCGAAGAUUAUGUUGGAGCACCUGGUUAUCCAACGGAAAAACUCACUGUUUUACAGUUUGUUUCAAAUAAAACUACAGUUUCAGAUAUGAAGCACACGAUUGUAUCCUCACCCGACUGUGUACCCAUUCGUACAACCAUUUUCAGUUCCACACGCGGAUUAGAAAUUUCGACUUACUAUGAUCUCAAUAUUGGGAUAUCGGACAUGAAAAUAUGGACUCCUCCAAAAGAAUGUCUUUAAUAACGCCAUAAUAUUUUGUCCAGAAUCGUGUCAUUUUUUGCUUAAUAAAA